AUGCCUGCUGACUUUCAAUCGUGUAGCAAGCUGCUGUGCUUGUGCCGUUUUCAUAACGGACUUUUUGAGUUCAUGUUCGACUUUAUUCACAUGAAAUGGAACGUCUACCACAAUUGUUUGAUUCAUAUCAGAAGUGUUCUGCAGCAGAAGGAUCUUGAGGACAGUGACGACGUGAUUGAUGAACUCCCAUCAAACGUAGUUAAGAGUCUGGUGCACUAUUACAUGGCUCGGUAUUUUUGUUUCUGGGUUUUUGGAGAUUCUAAGAUGUGGAAUCUGAAUGGUUGUACGUUAUUUCAGGCGAUCUCUGGAAGUUAA